AUUUUUCGUGGUGAAUUUUACUCACUCACCUCACUCACCACUUCACAGUUUUGACGGUCUGUGGGAAUCCCAGAGACUAUAAGAUGGCUUAAAUCGAUUGUCAUAAAUGACAUUUUUGCAUUUUAAGAAGUUUUUAGUUUCUGGAAGUUUCGAUUUUAACCUUGAUACUAGUAUCUCAGUUGAUUCGACCUGAAGCGCAUAUCAUUUUUUAUAAUGACGACGAAUUUCCAAUUUAUACCUGGCGAUAUAAUUCAAGAAUUCUAAACGCCAUUUAUUAAAAUUUUGGACUUGUCUUGCAAAAAAUUCCAUUGCAAUUUUUGCUUCAAAAGCAGCUAUCAUUUACGAACAUGCGCUAAGUGCAAAAUGGUCUUCUAUUGCGACUUGGAUUGUCAAAAGCAGGAUUGGAAAAUUGCCCAUUCCAUUGAGUGUAAAUUGUUCGCUGACCCUCAAACAGCUUCGAUUGCGAUGGUUCAGCUCGGUGGCAUCGGUGAUGAUAUACUAAAAAUAAUAAGAAUCGUUUCUUUUCUCAAACUUCACAAAGAGAAAUCCGCCAAGAAAUAUCAACUCGUCGAUGGGACGUCUCGAUGUUUCAACGAUUUAAAGGAUCAUUAUGAUGGUAUGGAAGCGGAUGAAUUACUUAAAAAGACUGCCACUUCACUAGCUUCAACAUUGGCAGAUUCAGCAUUGUUUUCUCCACUCGAGUGCAGCUAUGAAAAUAUUCUUCAUAUGUACAGCGUUUGGAAAACCAACGCUUUUGGUGUAAGCAACGAAGACGAUACCAAGAUUAUUGGUAGCGCACUUUACAUUUUGAGCUCAUCGUUUGAUCAUUCCUGCCGUCCAAAUGCAAUAAGAGUUGUGGACGAUUCGUGUCGAAUGCAGAUCCGUUGUAUUGAAGCCAUUCCUGUCGGAGAGGCUCCAAAAAUUACAUACUUGGCUGGUAUUCGCAAUAGAGUCGAUCGACAAAACGUCCUGAAGAAACGUUACUUUUUCAAUUGUGAAUGUUCGUUGUGUGAAACUGAGAAAGACGCACCGGCGGUCAAUUUCGUCGAAUUACUUGGUCUCCGAGCAGUUUUUGAUCGAGAAGGGAUUUAUAUGAACGAGCAAUUCGUUCGUGCUGAGCUCAUUUUGAAUCAAAUGCAAAAAAUAUUUUGCCGGUACGACGAACGGAUAACCAAUUUAUAUGAUUUGACAUUGGAAAAGCUCGUGUUAGGCCUAACAAUGCAUACGUCCAUGGUGGAGGUUUCGAAAGUUAAGCAAUUCGCAAAACAAGUCGAAGAAAAUCUACGAAUUACUUUCGGGGUCGGUCAUAAAGACUACAAAUAUUUGGCUGAUGAGGUUUUGCCGAGACUAAAUGCACUAAAUCAUUAGGUGCCUCAUUUUUAUCGUUUCAAGAUAUUUUGAAAGAUUUUUGUUUUCAAAUCAAUGAAUUCUGAUUACAACUCUAACAAUGAAUGCUUAGAAGGGUAUUAUUUUGAUUCAGGUUAAUUGUCCUGGAUCGCAGCUUUACGACGAUACCAGAUUUGCUAUGUGUAGUGUGCCACAACUGUGCUGUAAAACUCGUUUUAUAUGCGCAAGUCGGACUACUCGAAAGUACAGAGAUUGUAAGUUUUCGAAGAUUUUUUAGUUAGUCUACUCUGGCAUCAUUAUUAAACGUUUUAGCUUAUAUCAUAAAUAGAAACCAAAAUAAAACCAAACAUUAACAAUGAAAAUAGUUUUGAGUUCAGUCGAAAAUCUUACGAUCUCUGUACUUUCGAGUAGACCGACUUUCGCAUAUAAAAUGAGUUGUACAGCACAGCUGUGGCACACUACACAUAGCAAAUAUGGUAUUGUCGUAAAGCUGAGAUCCAGGACAAUUCACCUGAUACAAAAAAGACACUUCUAAGCACCAUGUGGUUGCCUAGAUGCUCAAAAAUGUUCGCGGUAGUAAGCAAUUUUUUGAAAAACAUUGAAUUAAUCAAACAAACUAAAAAAUGUUCGAGAUAUUUGGCCAUUUUUAGUCAAGAAUAGUUCCUGGAAUACGAAAUUAACAUCAAAGAGUGACCACUUAUAUGCAUCUUAGCUCUCAACCUUGAAUAAAUGCGCUAAGGUACCUACUCAUAUGAAAAUAUUCUUCUAUCAUCACGCUUAUAAUCACAAAUAUAGAAAGUGUGGUAUCGUUCGAAAGGUAAUUGAACAGCCUUUAAUUUAAACUGCAUGGCAGGAGAGACCCUUUACCCUUUACAAUAUGGUUUUUCAAAAAUAUUUCAAAAAGUUACCGUCCACUUUCAGACCACUUGCCCUGAUUUAUGAUCAGUGGACAUCGACUAACAUUUAUCUACAAUAAAGUUUGAGUUACAUUACAUUUUUAAUUAGCCAUCGUUCAAGCACACCGU